AUGCGCUGUCUAAGCUUCUGCCAAGUUGGCUUGGCUGUCUUGGUAUUCCUCUCUGGGCAAGGGGCCCUAGCCGAUCUGGGAAUUGACGUGAAUAAUGUCGACUCCCUGAAGCAGGCUGGCAAGGCCGUUGCUGCCCCCAUGAUGGAUUUCUACAAGAAGAACGAAACUGAAGGCAUUCCCGGAAAGCUCACCGACACAUGGUAUGUGGCCGGGAGCAUGUUCAUGACAUUGAUCCAGUACUGGCAGGCGUCGGGCGACGACACCUAUAACGCUGUCGUGUCGCAUGACUUAAUGUUCCAGGCGGGCGAGAACUAUGAUUACUAUUCGAAGAAUGUUAGCGACUGGCUGGGGAAUGAUGACCAAAUGUUCUGGGGUCUUGCAACCAUUACAGCCUCCGAGGCCGGAUUCCCGGAGAUCUCCGGCAAGCCCUCGUGGACAUCUCUUGCCCGCGUGGUGUUCAACAUGGAAAUAGAACGAUGGGAUGAAUCGGCCUGCAACGGCGGCAUGCGCUGGCAGCUUUGGCCCUACCAGGAGGGCUACACGAUGAAAAACGCCAUCUCCAACGGUGGGCUCUUCGAGCUUGCGGCCCGACUUGCUCGGUUCACGAAGAACGAGACCUAUGCGGAAUGGGCAGACCGCAUCUGGGACUGGUCUGCCGGCACGCCACUUUUGCAGACCGAUCGCUGGUAUGUCGCCGACUCAACGUCCAAUUUGAAUAACUGCAGCGAUGCAGGAGACCAGCAGUGGUCUUACAACUACGGCACGUAUCUCGCCGGCGCAGCGUUCAUGUAUAAUCAUACGAACGGUUCAGACAAGUGGCUCAAGCGCGUCGACGGCCUACUCGGCUCUGUAUUGACGACCUUCUUCCCGAAGGAAGGUAACGGCGUUGUACUCUCCGAAGUCGCCUGCGAACCCAUCUUGACAUGCGACCGGAACCAGCUCUGCUUCAAGGGAUACGUGGCCAUGUGGCUAGCGUUCACGGCCAUUCUGGUUCCCUCGACGAGAGAGCGCAUCACGCCGAAGCUGCAAGGGUCCGCCGCGGCUAUCUCGAAGCAGUGUUCCGGGGGAGACCAAAACCUCUGCGGAGAACGGUGGUAUUCAACUGAGCCGGUGGGCCCGACCGGACUGGAGGUGCAAAUGGCUGCAUUGGGUGGUAUUACGAGCAACCUCAUGCUCUUUGAAGCGCAAUCGCCCAAGACUAUUGAGUCCAAUCCAAAUGCUACCGAGACGGAGAUUGACCACCAUAAUGAUGAGGAGCCUAACAAGCCUAAGCCGAUCACGACUGGCGAUCGGGCAGGGGCAGGGAUUAUCACGGUCGUAGUCGCAGUAGCUGUGGCUGGGACUGUGGUAUGGAUGAUAAUCCCAUAG